AUGAGCACUUAUGAGAGUCAAGGAACUCCCCUUCUAAAGAAUCUGACCCCCCAUAUUUCACACAACUUCAAGAAACACACCAGUUUGGUGAAACGGUCACAGUGCAAGAAUGAAAACAGCAUCUGCAUUGCACUCACGCUGACAAACCUUUUGCAAUCUGAAUUUAGCUCUGCAUGGCAGCAGAAAUGCCAGCCUGGCCAACAGAUGUGGGAAGACCUGGCCACAGGGAAUGCAGCUAUUCCCAGAGUUGAGAUUCUGGAUGGUGUAAGAGUGAGAAAAGCCUGUGUCAUCUUGGGGGUGAUCUUUCUUCUGUCAUCUAUCUGUAUAGUGGUCAAAGCCAUCCACGACCUUUCAACAAGGCUGCUCCCUGAAGUGGAUGACUUCCUGUUCAGUGUCUCCAUUUUAAGUGGGAUCCUCUGCAGCGUCCUGGCUGUGUUGAAGUUUAUGCUGGGGAAGGUCUUGACAAGCAGAGCUCUCAUCACAGACGGGUUCAACUCCCUUGUCGGGGGAGUGAUGGGCUUCUCCAUCCUCCUGAGUGCCGAAGUGUUCAAACACAACGCCAAAGUCUGGUACCUGGAUGGCAGCAUCGGUGUCCUGAUCGGCCUCACCAUCUUUGCCUACGGGGUCAAGCUCCUCAUCGACAUGGUGCCCAGAGUGAGACAGACGCGUCACUACGAAAUGUUUGAGUGAAGGCGGCUGGAGGGGCGGCAGGGACGGCCCCGGGGGAAGAGCGUCACCAUGGUGACGAGAGGUUUCCACGAAGGCAGUUGGUGCCAAUAUUUAACUGCACAUCCAGUUUCAUUUGGGGAAGUUUUCGUUCAUAGUGUCUGUCAUCACGGGAUGAGGUCGGCCUGGAGGCCGCACCUGCCCACAUCCUCACCUUGUUGCCCACUGUCAAACACAUUAGGAGGAUGCUGACCACGGGAAGGGCUGCCACGCUUCCCAGUCUUGAGCCGGAAGUGACGUUUUCUAUUUCCUGGGGUCAAACAGUUCUUGAAAGCAGGCUUGGGUCUCUGCUUGAUAGGAAGCCCCUUGUGGCGCUUACUCUCAGCCAAAACCAGAUAGUAACUGACCGAGUCACCGCCUGCUGACACAGGAGGCCAAGGCGCCUCCAGGGUCACAUUCCUCUCUCCUUGCAGCAAAUCCCCUCCUAACGUGUAUCAACCUGUUUCAUACACUUUUACUAAUCUUGACACUAAGCAGAUUUGUUCAGAGGGAGGCCAUUCUAUUUUUUAAAGUGUUUAGUGGCAGAUGAAUGAGCUUUGCAUGGACAGGCUACGUAAGCACACAGCCCUUUCUUCCACGUUCAGAACCUGCCCAUCCAUGAAAACCCAGGAACCGUUUUUGAGAGAUGUGAAAGUCUAUACAUUUAUUUGUAAUAAAUAAUUAUAAUCAUUACCUA